CUCACCAUCUCAUCAAGUCUCAUCUCUCACAUCCACUCAACAGCUCAUCAUGCACACUUGUCCCAACUGCUCUGCUCAGUUCAACAACAGAAAUGACUGUAGUAAGCACAGCAAGAAGUGCUUGAAAGGCAUUGAGACUUUCACAUACAACAGUCAAGAGAUUACUGUCUAUAAAAAUGCAGAUGCUGGAGGAAAAGCCUACAAGACAUUGGAGGUUAUGAAGAGGCACCUGAAAAGUACAAAAUCACAUUGGGUUGGCAAGAAUCAACAAGGAGAUACAUUUCUAGAGGCAAGCCAAGAUAUUAGCGUACAUAAUACACAAAGAGUUCAUCAGCAGCAACACUCGGUCUCUAUGCGUGAAAGAGAUGAUCCCAUCGAGGUACACAUGGAGGAAACACAGCCUCUUCAUAUCAGUCGUACAAUUAGCAUGGAUCAGGAGAUUGACAUUAACGAGUCCAUCAGCAAAGCAUCACGCACAGAAUCAUCCAUAGACCUGCAAGAUGAUCAACCUCAAGCAAGUGAAAUAGCAACUCGAGCUAUUAGCCAAGAAAGUCAAGAUGGACUGCUUCACCACCCAUAUCUGGAUACUAUCAAUAUUGUCGUAAAUCCAGACCUGCGGAUCUUAUGCUGUCACAUCUGUCAAGUCGCACUGGCUCCUGGUCAUGUCUCUGGCCACAUGAGAAAUGUCCAUCCAGCAAUCAAAUUGCAUGACGAUCGAUUCUGUCAAGCAGUAGCAGACAUUGAUAUAGCCACAGCUCUUCCGACCUCUAUAGCAGGAGGCAGAGGUGUCAGUGCAUACAAGGGCCUAAAGACACACAACGGCUUUGCUUGCGAUCUUUGCUCCUAUGCAGGUGGAUCACGAGUGACUAUGGGCGAUCAUCAUCGAGAAAAGCACCAGUCCAUCCCACUGCCCAAGCAAUGGACUCCUUGCAUGGUACAGCAGCUCGACAGGGGGGUGCACAAGAAAUAUUGGAGAGUGGCCGGAGGCCAGGAGACAUCUUGCGAUCAUCAGGAUGCAAUAGACAAGAUGAGAAAAGAGAUGGAAGAGGUGACUAGAGUGGAGCAAGUGCCGCAAGAGAAGCGGUUGGUGAGCCCUUGGCUGUUGACCACCAGGUGGCACGAACAUGUAGCCGGUCAUGAAGUCGCGACCCUAAGGAAGCUGGUAGAGAUACCAAAGGCAGACGAGGCCAUCAUGCCCGACCUCGCGCAUGCGGUGGAGCUAUAUUUUGAAAGUGCCUUGGUUUUGUUGGAUACCACAGAAGAGUUGGUCUUGCAGCGUCUCAACUCUCCUGAUCCAUUGAAAGAGCGAGUCACUAGUUUAUCAUACGCUGGAAUCAACAACUCGCCUCUUCACCGCCAUCAAGAAGCUGGGACCAUGAAGUCAUAUGUGCGCUCGACCAUCGGUCUGCUAGCCAUGCUGCUGAGGACGGACAGAGGGGACGACUAUGAGAUUCCGAUCCCGCAACACCUCAUGCAAGCCCUGCAAGAAUUGGAACUGGCACUGACAGAGAAGGAGGAGACGACAGAAAAGAUACAUGCGGUCCUCACCAUGAUCUGGAUGACCAAGUGGGUCAAGGAGAAGGACAACACGAUCCCUUGUCCCACAGAGCGAUUCCUGGCUUUGCACACUCUGGAGGCCGAUGGACGACACAGGGAGCCAGUGCUCAUCACUCCCAUCUUGGCCAGACUAGAGUACUGCAUGCGGCUUGCGUGUCUGAAGCAAUUGAAAAUUCUCAGCACCAAGCUAUAUGAUGGCAACGACGAAGCAGCAUGCGACGCACUCCAGCCAUGGUUCACCGAUAAAACAAACUCGCCUUUCAGUGGCUUGCGAUCGCUUCAGCAUCGAGCAUCGAGCAUCGCAUACAAGACCACAAGUCUGCCUCGCGUGUGGUGGGUGGACCGCAAGAGAUGGAUGGAGAUGCUGUACAGAGGCGAUAAGGUGCACAUCAACCAGCUCAGAGAGAUGUUCGCUUCCUUGGAGAUGAAACUGGUGGAUCUCUGGGAAAACAAGGUGUUGGUCGGAAUCAGGGUCUACGUCCACUACAAGAAUCUCGUGGAUGAUAGCAACAACUACGAUGUGGGCUACUGCUUCUUGUCCGACCGCAGGAACACCUGCUUUGCAGACCGUGAUCGCUUCCUCAAGGCCCUCAUCGAUAAUCCAGAGGUCUUCAGCCAGUUUGCCGUAACUCGGUCGCAGCGCAACCUGGUCAUUCUGGGAAAGAACCUCACCAUGCUCAGGACAUAUCACAAAGGAAGCGCAUUGUCUGGGACCGACAAGCUCAUCCCUCACUCGAUAGAUGGUGUCACGGCCGACAUCAUGAUCCAAGACCUCGCCCUGACCAGGCCCUUUGCUGAAGUAGCCGCCCACAUCUGCUACCCAGACAAGCCAUGGAUCAAAGAGUCGUAUCAGAAGCACAUCUUCAUGAACGACCACAAGCUAUUCACCAGCGAACAGCUGUCUGCCACCAUGGCCAGGGAAAGUCACCGCCUUCAACGCAAACUCGGUAGAUUUGCAGAGGAGCUGUUGGAGGAAGACGAUCAAGACACGAUAGAGGCACUUCAAGCCGGCCACAGCAGGACGACAGAGAACCGAAUAUAUGGUCUCAGUCCAGAUACACUGGCAGCAGGGGCCGAGGACCUGCUGCCUCAAUUCCUUCAAGCUAGCACCAACUGGCAGUUGCUCAUGCACACAGUCCCAGGCGGUCUGGAACUGGCAUACACCGAUGCCAGGACCCACCACUUCAAACAGCUAGCAGACUCCGGAAGGUUUGGAUCAGACUAUGAAGAGAUCGAGGCACCAAGUCAUGUGAGGCCUCCCCUCAUUGAUGCUCCCAAAGUCACGGCAGAGAUCCAUUUGUCGACGGACACAUUGGCCAACCGCAUCGCAGGCAAGCUAGAAGAGAAGAUGAUGGCUGGCAUCGAGCAGAGAUUGGUGACGAGGGUGGUGGAUGCUCUCACGCCAGUACUGGAAAGAAUUGUAAUGGAAGCCAUGAAGACAGCGAUUCCACAGCAACUGGUCGGAGUUCCUACCAACGACAUCACUUCGACGAUAUCUACGGCAUACGCGUAUGCUAAACGACCGCUGCAGCAGCCAAAGCCACAAGUCGCAAGUCACCCAUUCAUAAGAAUUGGACGGGACAAUCGAGCUUCCAACAAGGAGUGGGAUGAGAGCGAUGCGGACGGGCAAACGACUUCGAGUGAUUACCCGACGACCAGCAACGAGUCCAAUAUGAUCGACACGACGAGCGAAGACGAUGUGAUCGGUCAGAAGUUGAAAGAGGUGGAGAUUGUCAGCGAUGACUAUGGAGCAUCGGCGCCACCCGCGAAUCAGCUGGCUCUGAAGGACAAGGAACGCAACAUCGAACGCAAAUGCCUAGCAAAAGGGAGGCAGGUCAUGGCCACACUGAAGCGAGAGACCGACGUCAUUGCCACUGCUCAAGACGGGCGGGGGAAAGUCGAUGCUGGCCCUCCUUCCGGCCAUAAUGGAGGCAGACAGGGCGGUGGUGGUGGUCCUUCCUCUAAAGUCCUUGAUGAUCGACUGGGAGAGAAAGCUCAAAGUCAUGGGAGUUCUCCUUCCAAGUCUACGACCACCAGCCGUCCCUUGUCCACCAGCAUCAAUCUGAUCCUGUGUCGGCAGACAAGGCCAGGGUCAAGACAUGGAGACAAAUGCCUGGCUGAGUUCAACGAGAUCCUGCCGAAGAUUUCAGAGUGUCCAUGCAGGAUGUGCACGAGCUCAGACAGUUUCCCCAUGCAGCUCGUACUUCUGAGCGGCACGAUACCUCCUUCAAGCCUCGCCUCCCUCAAAGCGAUGUUUGGGCUCUUGCCCACAGCCAUCGAGGAUAAGAGAGUCCAGCAACCGUCCAGAGCUGGAACGCGCUGGCCAUUCUACAAUGGAUCAAAGGACGUGAGCGACGCCUCCAGAGCGCAAUACUACAAGGAUUGGCGCUCUGGCAAGAGUCCGGUGAUGAUCUGCACGAGCGCCUUCAGCACAGGCAACGAUUAUCCUCACGUCCGACUGGUCAUCCACCUGAAGACCCCACUGGAGAUGUCUGAGAUCAUCCAAGCUCAAGGGCGAGGCGGAAGGGACGGAAAUCCCGCCAGAUGCUACAUGCUUCCAUCGACAUCACCUCCCAAGAUCAUCAUCGGACGAUCAGAGACAGAUCACAAGGGUCUAUGGUAUGCCCACGACCACAUCUACAGCCACGGUCUGAAGCGCUGCCUUCGCUACGGAUCGACCCUCUACAUAGAUGGAGAGGGAACCAAGUGCGGGGCCGAUCGGAGAAACCAGCUGUGUUGUGUCUGCAAGAACGACGCCAAGGAGCCGGUUCAAGCAAAGGCGGCCACUCAACAGCAUGUGCGCAUGCUCCCAACAUCCCCGCUCCACAGACGCGCCGUCUCCACAAACAUACCGCCCUUGCAACAGCGCACGCGUAUGCUGAUCGGCGCCUCUCCCAGUCACGGACGAAAAGUCUCGCUCAACAAAAGGGUGUUCAAUGACAUGUCUGGCGCAGCAGAUCCCUUUGCGGAGGCUGCCACACGUUCUAAAAAGCUGAAGACGACGAAGCAAGCGGCGGAGAUGAGCCAAGUGGACCGGAUGAGAAAAGCGUUGGACACGAUGAAGGACAAAGGAUGCACUCUAUGCUAUGCGAGCGACAAUGGCGAGUUGGAAGACCACCGGAUGAGCCAGUGUCCAUCAUGGACAUCCAUAGAUAGCACUCUGGGGCAGUACUUUGAAUGGAAGAAGGAGAUCAGAUACAACAACCACAAGGGCAUCUGCUGGAUAUGCCACGUGCCCACGUGCAGAGACGAACUGCACGUGCCUCUCGUGAAGGGGUUCGAGAGACAACCAGUGCGGACUGGCCAGACAUUGUAG